AUGAGUUGGCAUGUUACAGAGAUCAACAAAGAGCUCAUCUCGGCAAGAGCAGCUGCUCAUCAAAUGGCUUCAUCAAUCGCGAAAGCAAUGGAAACGCCGUUGAAAAGGAUCAUGAUGUGUCGACCAACUCAUUUCACGGUUUCCUACGCGAUUAAUCCAUGGAUGGAUAUGCGUCGCGGGGUCAACAAGCCGAAAGCUCUUCAGCAAUGGGAUGAACUUAAACACGUGCUGACACAAGCCGGCGCAAAAGUUGAGGUCAUGGAGCCACAGACGGGCUCCGAGAAUCUGCCCGAUAUGGUCUUCACAGCGAACGCGGCCGUCAUUCGAGGAAAAAAGGCUUAUCUCGCGAAUUUUCACCACGCUGAGCGCAAAGGCGAGCGCUUCCACAAUAAGAUUUUCUUGGAGAGUCUCGGGUACAAGUGUGUUGGCAGUGAGACGAUUCCAUUCGAAGGUGCCGGUGACGCGUUGUGGGCAGGGAAAAACCUGUCGACUUUGCUGGUCGGUGUUGGACCGAGAACCGAUCCGAAUGUGUUGCCCGAUUUGCGGCGAGAGUUCGACGAGGAGAAUGUGCGAAUUGUCGGCUGUAAUCUCAUUGAUGCGAGAUUCUAUCACAUCGACACGGGCUUCUGUCCGCUGAACGAGGAGGUUGCCAUGUGGUUCCCGCAUGCAUUCGACGGUGUCUCCCAGUGGCACAUCAAAUCAACCACCAAUACCAUUGAGAUUGAUGAUAAAGAGGCGAAAAACUUUGCUUGCAACGCGGUUGUCGUCGGGAAAACGGUGGUGAUGAAUCGAGGAUCUGAGAGAAUUGCCAACACACUUCACCGAAUUGGAUUCGAGGUAGCCCAGGUGGAUAUGAGUGAAUUCAUCAAAGCUGGCGGAUCGUCGAAAUGUUGCACGCUUGCUUUG